CUGCAGUACUGGCCUCCCACCGCACGGGGGCGUUUAAGCGGUGCGUGAAGGUUUUGGAAACAGGAAGCUGUUUUGUUUAUUUUACUCUACAUCCUGUUUCUGCAGUUCUCCAUCUGCUCCAGAGUUUCUUUUCGAGAAAACAUUUAUAGCUUCAUUCUGAUCAAGUUUGAAAACGGUUCUGGUUCCGACUAACCGACCUGCAGGUCCAGGUUACCGCAGACCGUCCACUGAGACCCCCCCUCCACCAUGGAGACCGAUCAGCCCCGGAUAGCAGAAGGAACCGGAGCUGCAGCCGAAUCCAACGAGCAUGACUACGCUCACACCACCGACCCACCAGAACCUGUGCCGAACUCCGCGCUUCAGCCGCCCGAACCCGCCCGGCUGGAGCUUCCAGAACCCGCCCUGGGUGCGGAGGUGGACUGUCCCGGUGUGAGCGAGCAGGAGGAGCCCGCGGUGAGCUGCGCUGAAGCGGCGCCGCGCGGAAGCGGCUCGCGGCGGCCCAAACGGCCGGAGGACAGAAACUGCAGCGGCUGCAGGCUGCUGUUCCAGCGGCAGGGCCGCUCCUUCAACCGCAGGGCGGUGUACACCUUCACCACCCCGGACACGGUGCGCUGGGUCUUCCCGGACUCGGAGGUCCAUGAGAAAUCCUUCCUGUGUGAAACCUGCGCGCAGAUCAUCCGGACCAAAGGGAGGCGGAAGCAGAGCGGGAAGCGGCUGCUGUGGGUGAAGCCGCCUGAGGUCACGAAGGUGAAGGACAAGCAGGUGACGGGCCGCAGGAUGGGGAAGAAGAGCAAAGCCGCUCUGCUGGUCAGCAAGUCCAGCUACAAAGCCGCUUUCCAAAUGCUCUGGUCGUCCAAAGGCGCCAGGAAGCCCAUGAUGGAUUUCUGGAGGAAACAGCUGAAAAACGAGAUGAAGCUGCUGUCACGGAAGGCAGACAGUCCCUUCCACCAGAAGGUUUCCGGCAGGAAGCCGCUGUCCUCCUUCCCCUGGAGGAGGUGUCUGAACUGGGUCCAGGAAAACGCGCCGCUCGUCACCACCUGCCUGCACUCCAUGUUCCCUGACAUCAACACCCUCUACAAAAGCAGCCACAGUCAGCUGACGGAGGAUCAGGCCGUCACGCUGCUGGAGCGCCGCACCGUGGUGGCGCUCUCCAUCCCGCUCUUCACCAGAAACAUCUGGAGGAACAACUUCCUGCAGGCGGCUCUGGGGGCGGAGCUGCGGCUGCAGGGCUGCUCCGGCUCCGCCCUCGACACCUUGAACACCAUGGGGCUGUGUCAGAACAAAGACACGGUCCGGCUGCUGCUGCACCGGCUGCGGAACGGCAAAGACAUGGACGGGGAGCACAGUAUGAUGCUGAAACACGAGCAAAUGAAGGACGAUAUCGUAUCUGUGACCACAGAAGAAGAAGAGGAGGAUGAGGAGGAAGAUGAUGAUGAUGAUGAGGAAGAGGAGGAGGAAGAAGAGGAGCAGCAGGAUGAAAUGCUGGUGGCGGUGGAGGAGGAAGUGGAGCAGGAAGAGGUUCAGGACGGACUGCAGGAGGAGGAGGAGGACCCGGCUAUGAUGGAAAAAGAGGAGAGGAAGAGGAGGAAGAAGGCGAAGAAGCAGAGGAGGGAGGAGAAGAGGAAGGAGAGGAGAGGGAAACGGAAGGAGAGGGAGGAGCCGGAGGAGGACGAGGAGGAGGAUGAAGAUGGGUUGGAGCAGAAGAAGAGGAAGGUGGUGGUGGUGAGGCUGGGCCUGUUGAAGGGAACCUCAGAGGUGGGACGCUCCGACCUAUCGGCUCCCUGACGAUAACAGGCCCCGCCCACAAACUCACAGGCCACACCCUUAUCUCAAAGCUGCACUGAGGCCCCGCCCACUAAUGUUUCAGAUGGAUUCUGGGAACUGUAGGAGGCCGGCAGGUGACUGGUGGAGGUGAAAACUAACAGAUUGACGUUUCGGAUCAAUGAACAUUUGAAAAGAACCGGUUCUGAAACCGGAUCCGAUGGAAUCUGAGCCGCACCGUUAGACGGAGGCUCUGAGCCGAGCCUCGGUUCUGUUCAAUGCUGGCAGAUUUCUAACAUUUGUAAUCUGUAAGGAGAAUAAAGAGCGAUGACUGUUGAACUGCAGGUGGAACGCGGUGGUUUUUGUUUGGGCUCCUCAGAACCUGGGCUCCUGCUCUCAGAGCGACUCGGUUCUUCUGAAAAUAAAAGCAUGAAGCAAAGAUGCAAUCCCAGAAACCAGCCCACCGGGUCCAGCUUGUUGGUUCUGAUAUUUAGGCUGUGAAAUAUGACUGAAGCUCUGCAGCUCAGAAUGAUGCUGAUGGAGUUUCUAAGGUUCCUGCGAUUUAGAAAGAUGAGAAGAAGCAAAGAAUAUUUAUAUUUCUACUCUGUUUCCUUCCUCCUGUCUGUGUCCUUUAUUCCUUGUUUCCUUCCUUCCAUCCUUUGCUCUCCUGUUCAUUACGUCAAUCCUACCUUUCCUUCAUUGUUUCCUAUAU